CGCUAAACCCAAUCAAAGUCAUUACGAUCCUCAUUAUCUCAUCAAAGGUUGAUAUCAUGAAGCUCAAUCUCAAGCCUCAUGAAUUCUUGGGACCGUUACUGAGUGGAAUGACCGACAAGUGCCGGUAGCAACUCAAUCGCCUCCCUCCACAGCAAGUUCACAAUCGGAGAGCCACUUCGACCCACGCGUUUCCACCACAUGAUCACAGUAUCGUCUCUACAUUGGCGUAGAAAGUUUUGACCCCAUCAAUUCAAGUGAAUUGGGAUACGGAAAUAGUGCUGCCCGGAGGAGAGAAACCCCUCUUGCCUCGCCCUUCUCGUCGUGGUAAUUGCAGCCGAAUGACAUUCGAGAAACAAGCGUUUCGGGUAGCCAAGCCGAGCGAAUGGCCGCCAAAGUUUCCGUCAUGCUCUAAUUCUGGUGGGGGUCAGCUCGGCUUGGUGACUUGACUUGAGCAGAACGACUCCAUCGAUGAGUUUGAUGAUAAAGCAAGAUAUUGUCGAAAUCGACAAGAACAUUAUUUAAAAUCGCAAUUGACUCCCUAUUAUCUGCGAAAUUCUUCAGAGAAAGCAGCUCAUUCGCAUUGAUAUAUCGCUGAUAUGACGACAUUGUUGGAAGCUCUUCGCCAGACCAGUCGGGUUGACUGCGAUACUCUCGAUUCGAACGUUGCUCAUGAGUUGGGCCCAUUCGUGGAUUGCACAUCUAACCAGGCAAUCGCAUUCUCGGAGAUCUCAAGACCGCUUGCUGGUGAACCCCUUUUGCAUCACGAUGUGCUGAUUAAAGAGGCCAUUCAAAGUGCCCGUGGGGCACUGAAGGAAGUGCAAGGAUCCGCGACGUUUGAGGAGUUUGUUGUACAGAUCUUGAUGGUGAAACUUCAACUAUUGAUCGUACCUAAUGUUACAGGCUACGUGCAUAUUCAGACCAACCCAAAGCUGUCCUACUCGACCGACGGCACCAUCAGCGACGCCUACCGUAUCGUCAAUAUCUUUAAACACCUGGCCCCGGAUUUCGACGAGAAGAGGGUGUGCAUCAAGAUCCCCGCAACUUGGGAAGGUCUCCAGGCAUGCCGAACACUUGAGAUGAAAGGAAUCGCGACUCUUGCGACCACCAUGUUUUGCAUGGAGCAAGCGGCGUUGGCUGCCGAGGCCCAGUGUACCUACAUUGCGCCAUAUGUCAAUGAGCUCAAGGUUCAUUUCGAAGCUGGAUACAUUGACGAGAACAAAGCCUUUGACUUUUGUCGCGAGGCACAAGCCUACUACAUUAACCACUCAUUCCGCACCCAAGUAUUGGCAGCAUCACUCACGUCUGUGGAAGAAGUAAUGCAGCUUGCCGGAAUCCAACAUGUCACGAUUUCACCGAAUUUGCUCAAUGGCCUUGCUUCAACUGACUUGUCGACCUGGAAUGGAAAACUGGGCGAGUACUUUGCGCAAGGCCCUACACAGAAGAGCUGGGAGACGAAAGACUACAAUGCCCUGGUUAGAGACGAAAGCUCAUGGAGAAUGGCUUUCACUAGAAGUGGCUUUGGUACGAGUGAAGGUAAGAUCAUCCAGGCCAUCAACUACUUCGCCGACUUCCAAGACAAGCUUGAGGAACUUGUGAAGCAGCAUGCUGGAUGAUUUCGGACGCAUCGGUCCAUCAAGUUGGUGUUGCAGCAUCCAAUACCCAGAACGAAAUUGGACAAAGGAAAGCUUCUUACAAUACCAUAAUGAACGACUUCAUUCACAACCCUCGAUCGCCCUCUCGUGAUUCUUCGUUAUUUGCGAUUGAACAAAGAAGCUCAC